GCGUCUUCCUUUCGUCUCCAAUGAAUCCAUCACGUCGUCAAUAGAUGCACACGAAGCAGAGGACAGACCUUUCCCAACGUCUCCUCUUCCUCCUACUACUCCUAGGGGGCGCCUCAACCUCUCUGCAAGUCUUCCCUUUCCUCUGAAUUUCAUUGCUCCGAGAUCGUUAUGGUUGGAUUCGGAGCAUUUCCACUCCAGGAAGCCGGAGCAGACUCCUCCGUCAGUGAAGCCUGACCGGACCUGACCGGACCGAAGGAGGAGAUUGCUUCCUCCUCCUCCUGCUGAUUGUUCCUUGUCUUGAUAGCGAGUGUUCGAAAGUAGAAGAGAUGGAUAACGGCUUUGAUGGGAAAUUGGCCGACAAAUUCUCGGGUCUAGGGAUUGAUGAUCCCUCCGCCAACGCCAACGCUAGCAUCCACAGCAGCAACAACGAUAACUUGUUCCAGGUGAUGAAAGCAGUUGAAGCUGCUGAAGCCACUAUCAAGCAGCAGGUGGAGGAGAACAAUCUUUUGAGGAAUGAGCUUCGUGAAAAAAUUGAGCAGCUAGAACAAUAUCAGAAAGCAUGUGAAUUGCCUCGAAGACCUCGUCCUGUUGAUGCAUGGAGUGAAAAUGUUCAUGGAACUUAUGAAGCUCGUCAGUUAACUACCUCUGUAGGAAAUCCAGUAGAUGGGAUCAAGAACAUGGCACACAGUUCCUCAGGUGAUCAGACAGGUACAUUAGUUGUUCACAAAGACAUGAAUCAGGAUAGCGAGGAUACUGCCAGACAAACUCGGGGAGAGAGCCACUCUGAAAGCAGCAAAGUCAAUGGGACACUGAAAGUGAUUCACGCAGAUAAUUCUGGCUUUAAUCAAUUAUCUUCACCAUCAACUUCAUCAAUAUCCCCCAGCAGGUACCAAACAGAAGGAGAGUUUGAUCGACGGUUUAAUAGUUCUGGACAUGGCCUAAUGUCAAUGGCUGAAGUAAAUAAUUCCAGCAGCUUCCAAAAGCAGGAUCUCAUUCAUAAGGUACAGGAACAUGAGCAAGAGAUUGUACAGUUAAGGAGACAUCUUGCUGAAUAUUCUGUAAAGGAGGCACAAAUACAAAAUGAAAAAUAUGUCUUGGAGAAGCGAAUUGCCUAUAUGCGAUUGGCCUUUGAUCAGCAGCAGCAAGACCUUGUUGAUGCUGCAUCCAAAGCUCUCUCAUACAGGCAAGAUAUAAUGGAGGAAAAUAUUCGGCUGUCAUACCAAUUACAGGCUGCUCAGCAAGAAAGAUUGACAUUUGUGUCAUCCUUGCUGCCUCUCCUUGCAGAGUAUUCUCUACAGCCACCAGUUCCAGAUGCACAGUCCAUAGUCAGCAAUGUCAAGGUUUUGUUUAAACAUCUGCAAGAGCAACUCAACAUUACAGAGUCAAAGCUAAAGGAGUCCCAGUUUCAGCUAAAUCCUUGGCAUUCAGAGGCAACUUCUUCAACUUUCGCUAUGCAGUCCUCGACUCAUUCAGUUGGUCCAGCACUGUCAUCUCCAAACAAAAAUGGGCUUCAGCUUGUUCCACAACCAGCUUUCACUCCUGGAAAGAUACCAAUUUCUUCUUCUGAGGCUCUGGUUGCUGUGGGAUGGGAUGUUUUGAAUGAACAUCAGAUGGGUCAUGGCGGACUCUUGCCAAAAAGCAGGGAACCUGAUGACUUGGGGAGGUUUUCACCUCUUGCAAGCAGGAGUCCAAUGGCUCAUGAUGUGCCUGGACAAUUUGAUGCAACUCGAAGCGACACAAAUGUAGCACAUAAAAAUGAAGAGACCACCAGGCAAGUCAAAUUUCGUGAACCUGUCAGCAAUAAUGAGAUGGAUGAUACUGAUGCGGAGGCUCUGCAUAACAAAGGAGAAUCUACAGCUAAUUGGAAUUCAGGAAACUCCCCUUAUACGGCUCCACCGGAGGAUCUAAGCUCCUCAUAUUCACCCUACUUGCCACCUGUUCUUGAAGAGCCUUCUUCUUCUUUUUCUGAGGGUCCAGAUGAGGACCCACUACCUGCAAUAGAUGGCCUUCAAAUUUCAGGUGAUGCAUUCCCAGGUAUGGAACUCCAGGCUUCUGGAUACUCCAUAAAUGGGACAACAAGCUGCAAUUUUGAGUGGGUACGGCAUAUGGAAGAUGGAUCAGUCAAUUAUAUUGAAGGUGCAAAGCAGCCAAAUUAUCUUGUUACUGCAGACGAUGUUGAUACGUAUCUUGCUAUUGAAGUCCAACCUCUAGAUAACAGGAAGCGUAAGGGGGCACUUGUGAAGGUCUUUGCCAAUGACAACAAAAAGAUCACCUGUGAUUCCGACAUGCAGGAUUACAUUGGGAAGACUUUUUAUACUGGUCAUACUUCUUAUAAAGUAUCAUUGUCGACUGGGUAUCUUGAUAUAUGGGAACCAGCUACAUUAGCCAUUAAGCGGGAGGGCUACAGUAUCAAGUGCAGUGGAUCCAGCGGUGUUGUAGUCACAGAAAAGUUCUCUCCAAGUACCACUGUUGCUAUUCCUUAUGGGCACGCCACAGUUUUUUCAAUAAUAGGUUCUAAUGGCACUGAGUAUAUCUUAAGAGCAGAAAACAGCCCUGAAGAUGUUAGCGGUUCAAGGGAUACAAUUGUGCUUACAUUGAGGCUCUUUGUGAUACGGGCUGGCCAAAAGAGUAAAGGAAAGAAGAGAGGCUUAUUCUUCAACAAGUAGAGCUAGAGGUGCAUUAUUAGCGUCGCUCACUGCAUCUGAGUUCAGAGCGACCAGUGCACUGCAUCUGAGUUCAGAGCGACCAGUGCUAGAAGACGGGAUAGAGUAGAUAGUAUAGUCAAUCACACACGGGCAAAUUUUUCUUUCCUUGGUGCACUUUCCCCCCCCCCCCCCCCCCCCCCCCCCCCCCCCCCCCCCCCCCCCUUUUUUGUUCCCUUUCAUAUUAUUCUAUUGCUGUAAUUGGGUUGAUUUGAAGCACCAAUGAAAACCGAAGAAGGGGGCAAAGCUGUAAGUAAAUCUUAUAUUAAGCUCAUGUGGGAAACGGGGAUCGGGUUCUUGUAAUUGGUCUAUUUUAUUGUAAGCAAAGCCCAAGCUAACUUUUUGUUAAUUCCGUCUGGUCCGGGCGGGGAAGGCAGAGUGAGAUUAUAUUUAUAUAUAUAGGGAUGUAGGGAUGUAGGCUCUUGUCGAGUUAGUGCUUUUGGCAAAUUUUGGCGGAAGUGUAGUGUAUUACUGGAAACCUGGUUGUUGAAUAUUCCAUGAUAUUGGGGGAGGUAUUUUCUUUGGAGUUGGAAUUGUUGAGAGAAAA